AUGUUUCCGAGAAUUCAAGGACUGUUUCAUUCCGUUACGGACAAGCGGUCGCAGGGUAACGAGUGUGGAGAAAACAGUGUUACCAUAGUGUCGGAGAAAAAGAUAGAAGAUGAUGCAUCAGACUCAUCUAGCGGCGAGAAUGUUGAAAUUGAAGAUAAACCUCUUCCUAUCGUCGAGCCAGCUCUUGACACUUCGGAGGAAGGUCAUGCCGCACAAUGCACGUGUCCUAAUUGCGAUGAAGUUUUAUCCAGAUUCUCCGAGUGCAGCAUAUGCUUGGAACCGUUACAGUGCUGUGGCCCAUGCGUAUGCCCUUGGUGCGGCGGCGUUUGGUGCGGACGAUGUUCAAGGAGAAUGUCCAGAUGUGCGUGGUGUCGAGGGAGCCUUCGGGCUCCAGCAGCACCCUGUCUAGCCUUACAGCGGCUCAUCAACGACCUUAUGUUACCUUGUCGAAAUUAUAGACGCGGCUGCACAGAACUACUGACAGCCACCACCAGAGCAAAGCACGAGGAAGCAUGUAAAUAUGACACUAUGAUAUGCCCCAUCACACAAACAUGCUGCUCAGUAGCUUUCGAGGAGCUCUCAGCACAUCUUCAGUCCCACCAUAACAUCAUCGCGGUCUACUCACAGAAGAUCAAAAUCCUCAUAGAAAACUUCCAGACCAAACUCAAAAAGACUGCGUGCUGCAGGACGAAGUAUAAAAUAAUUCUACUCUACCAGAAGAGUGCCUUCAUUAUCAAAGUAUGCAUCUACAACUUCCACGUCAAAGUUGAAGUGAUGAGACGCAAGCUAGGGUACAUAGCGGAUGCGAAGUCCGAAACAAAAAAGAGCGAAUACUGUGCAUUAAUUGAAUUCCAAAGCAAGGCAUUGUGCACAAAAUCAGCAAUAUUAAUAGAAAAUGAAGCAUAUAGUAAAAAGGCUGAGGUACAGUGGAACGAUAUAAUCAUGAAAUCUGAUACAGACGAAGCCAUCACAAUUCAUGUUAAUAUUGGAAAAUCUGACGCCGAUCUUUUGAAAAAGGAACCCACGAAUUCAUGA